CUUUGGUGAUGCCAAAUAUUGUUAGGCAGGUAUGUAUUUUGUUGGAUUCCGUGUGUGCUGUGUUCGGAAAAGAGGGUGGGAGAUCGAAAGGGUGCUAAUCUUUGGGAAUAGAUAUUUUUUGAAGUUCACACAGUAUCAUGGCUAGUAAGAACACUAUGAGCGACAGAAACCUGGUGUCGAAGGGUACAUCGUCUGACGACAACCCUACGCCUGGAUUUGUUUUGAAGGAGCUUGUUAACUCUACCUUUGCUGGACCUAAGAACUGCAAGGAUUUGGUUGGUCUGCUCGUUCCUCGUUUAAAGAAGUCGGAUCCCAAUAUCAAGCUGAAGGCUCUUAAGAUCAUCAACUACCUGAUCGUGAAUGGUCGUGUCGAUUUCCAGAAGGAAAUGAGCGCCCACCACCAGCUCAUCAAGGACUGCCUGUCUUUCACGGGCCCUCUGGACCCGCUGAAGGGUGAUGCUGUGUACGUGGCCAUCCAGACGACGGCCAAGGAGACCAUCGACAACCUCUUCAACGAGACGCUUCGUAACCGCACCAACUUCACCCGCCCCGUGGACUCCUUCGCGGGCGCCUCGGUGUCCUCCCAGCCCCAGCCGGGCAUGCAGGGCAUCGGCGGUGGUUCCCGCGCCCCGGCCGCUCCCAAGGACGACUGGCUCAGCCGCGCCAAGGGCACCUUCGGCGGCAACCCCGCCGCGCCCGCGCAGCCUGCGCAGCCCGCCCUGGCCGCCCCGGGUCCCUUCGGCCAGCCCCAGCCGGCGCAGCCGCAGCCGACGGGUCGCUAUGGCGCCGCCCCUGCGCAGCCGGCCAUGGCCGCUCCCGCCCAGCCGGCGCAGCCCGCGCAGCAGGCGCGCGCUGGCGGCAUGUUUGCGCGCAAGCCCGCGGCGGCGCCCGCUCCGGUGCCCGCGGCGCCGGCGUACCAGCCCCCCGUGAUCAAGGCGGGAACGGCGGUGACGGACGGAAGCUACGAGCGCAAGCUGGUGGAGGAGCUGUGCACGCCGCAGGGAAUGCGCCCCGAGCCCCCCAAGGACAAGCUGGCGCGCUUCGCGGGCGCCUGCCAGACCCUGGACGCGGCGGUGGUGGGCCCGAUCCUGCUGGGCAAGCUGUCCGACAAGAACUGGAAGGUGGUGAUGAAGGCGCUGUACACCAUCCAGGAGAUCCUGAACACGCCGAACACGGACGGAUUCAAGGCGUACUUCAAGGAGAACACCGAGGAGCUCCAGGCGCUGGGCUCCUACAACCACCCCAUGGUCAAGAAGAUGGCCGGCACGGUCUUCGACCGCGUCUCGCGCUGCCGUCUCGGCGAUGAGGGCGAGGAGGAGGAGGAGCCCGAGGAGAGCUUCGCCGCCGCCCCUGCGCCCGUCGCCGCCGCCGCGCCCGCCGAUUUCGGUGCGUGUUUUCUCUCCCCUUCACCGCAGAUUUCUUCGGCGCCGCGCCCGCUCCCGCGCAGCCCGCCGCCGCGCCCGCGCCGGUGCCCGCCGCCCCUGCGAGCAGCGACCCCUUCGGCUUCAACGCCACGUCGAUCGACGACGCGUUCUCGGGCCUGUCCGCGCAGCCCGCGCCCGCCGCCGCGCCGAUGGCCGCGCCCGUGAGCAACGAUCCCUUCGGCUUCAACGCUGUGUCCUCCAUCGACGACGCCUUCUCCGGGCUCUCCGCGCAGCCCGCCGCACAGGCUCCCGCGCGGCAGACCAUGCAGCAGCCCCAGCAGGCCAGCUUCGAUUUCUUCAGCACGCCCGCGCAGCCGCAGCAGCCCGCGAUGAAUUACGGAAUGCCCGCUCAGCAGCCCCAGCAGCCUGCGAUGAACUAUGGAAUGCCUGCGCAGCAGCCUGCGAUGAAUUACGGAAUGCCCGCGCAGCAGCCGCAGCAGCCCGCGAUGAACUAUGGAAUGCCCGCCCAGCAGCCCCAGCAGCAGGCGUCGACGAUGAACUUCGAUUUCUUUGGAAUGUAAGAAGGAGCCGUUGCUUUUUUGCUGAGCUGUUUGUUGACAAAGGACGAUGGUGCCGUAUUUCUCUUUAUAAUUUUUUUGUUUGUUUGUUCCCGUAUUUUUCCACCCGGGAUGCAGAGUGUACGCACGGACACUGGCUUUUAGCGUAGACUACUCAGGAGAAUACUUCGGAUUCGCAAGAAGUUAGUUCGUCUGUUUUGCCAGAUCAGGGAGUACGUCCUUGGAUGGUCUGUAAUCGUAGAAUGCCGGUGCCGUUUUUUGGAGUGGGCCGUUCAACUCAUUCGCCUAUUCUUCAGGACUUAACUUUGAAAAUCCUGGAUCAAAUAGAGCUGCUCACUACACGAACUACCAGGAUAUUAUGCCUCCAAGUAGUGGUGAGUUUGCGUUUUUUGCACCUACUGGAAGAAGCACGAUGCCAGAGCAAUUACUGUCCAACUCUGGUUCCAGUGAUCAUUUUUCAACGGUUCCAAGCUAUCCCUAUGCCAAGGGCGGAAUUGCUCCCUAUCAAACUCGUUUUAAUUCUAUCGAGGAAAAGGACCCGUUUCUUAAUCUGCCUCCUUCAUUUUUGCCGUACUACACUGCUCCCUCUGUGUCGUACCCUUCCAUGCCGUACAGUUCGUCUCCUCCUCCUCGUCCUCUCCGUUCCUCUCGUCCCCUUGCUCCGGGCGGUGCUUUGCAGCCUCAGCCCCCGCUUCAGCCCCAACUCCAACCUCCAUCGCAAUCGCAAUCUCAAUCUCAAUCUCAAUCUCAAUCUCAAUCUCAAUCGCAGCCCUCUUUAAAGAAAGCAGCUCCAAAGCCGCUGAACGACGUUGUGGACAUUG